AUGUCAGCAAUGAUGUGCGCAAAAUGUGCUCGACCAUUUACAAGUGGAAGCAUUUUAAGUGCUUUAGACAGAAAAUGGCAUCCUGAAUGCUUUGUAUGUACUAUCUGCAAAAGAACACUAGCUGAUCAGUCAUUUCAUGUGAAAAAUGAAGAUCCAUUUUGUGCGAAUUGUUGGAAGGAAAACUUUCAACCACGUUGUGCUACAUGCAGUAAGAUUAUUGAUCCAUCCGAACAGUAUAUGACGUAUAAUGAUAAAGCUUAUCAUAAGAAUUGUUUCACAUGUGCUGCCUGUCAUCAAAGUUUGGCCGGUAAACAAUUCUGUAUUAAAGAUAAUGGCUAUUAUUGCCCUGAGCAUAAAAAAUCUUCACAACUGAAAAAUAAGGAAUUUAAACUUAUUCUUCAUUCUGAACGAUUAUUUCAUGAAUUUGUUUCGUCUUUUUGUGAUUAUUCUCCUGAAAAAUUAUUUAUCCUUGUAUCAUUAGUUCAUUAUCAUAAGUUACAUUUUAAAUGUUUUGAGGUGAAAUUCUUUGAUGCAUUGAAUAUUUGA